UACUUUGAUAUGUUGAUGUAGGGCGGGGUCAGCAUCCAGGACUGUGGGCUAUAUAUAGUCUGAAAGGAAAGGCACUGGCUAUGGAUGCUGAACGAAUCCCAGCUUACGUCGCCAGCUGUGUGCUGCUGCUGUCCCUGAGCUGGCGCACAUCCGAAGCUCUCCCGGUGCCGGCACCGAGCCCGGGGACCGGCGGUCAGUGCGCCGACUUCUACAAGAUGCUCCUGCUGAACAUCUCAAACGCUCUGGACAGUAUUUAUUUGACUGAUGGUAUCCAAUCCGAAAAAAUUGAGAUGAGGAGUACUGGGGACACAGUACUGGCCUGUGCACCCACUCUGACUCAGAACUUAGGUUGCGUGACACAAAGAAAUUCUUCCUUCAGUGAGAGUGAAUGUCUGAAGAACAUAAAGAUGGACCUGCUCUACUAUCAUGAAGAGAUUGCGUCUUACCUCGGAGGUCCUCUCAAAAAUGGUCCAGAGGAAAUUAGACUUCUGAGCCCAAUCGUGGAAAUCACAAAGAAUCUCACAGAGAACUGCUUUCCACAGCUGGAUGUAGAGAACCUGCCCUCAAAGGCAUCAAAGGAUGACAAGAAGUGGGGCAAUGACUCCUACAGCAACCGGCUGGAGAUGAAUAAGAUGAUGAAAGGCUUCCACAUCAGAGCCAUCACUAUCAACCGAGCCAUUGGCUACAUCUCCUCGGGAGACCACAGGAAGUAAACGUCCUGCAACCUCUUCCACUUCAACCUCAUCAAAUAAUAGCACAACAAAUAUCAAAUCUCUAUUAUCACAUCAGAACAAGCUGUCCUAAUUAGUCACUACCAUCUCUUUCAACUGCUGACCAAGUUCUACAAUAUACCUGUUGCACAACUGCCUGCACUGAAGGAAGUUUACUCAGGCAUAAGCUAGCUGGUUCGACUCCAGCAUCUGCAUUCAGUAAGUGCUGAAGAAUGUUCAAACUAUUGAUACGGUUAGGCGUGUGUUAUAAUGAUUUUAUUUAUUUAUUUAUUGCAUCUAUUUAUUUAUUUGAUCUCCAGUUGUGUUAUUUAUUAUUAUUUAAAUAAAGUAUUUUGUUA